GCAUCCUCAAAUGUCAUUUGGUGUUCUCGUGAUACCUGAUUCCAAUGAAUACACUGAGGAAAUAAAGAAUGCCGUUCGUUGUUGCUCACACAAUACAAUACUAAUAGAUGUCGAGAACGUUGUUAAUGACAUUGAACGGCACUGCAUUAGUUUAAAGAAAAAGGAAUAUUUAGAUAAGGAUGUUGUUACUGCAAUAGAUGAUAUGAGAAAAAACCUGAUAAAAAUGCGAUUAAACCUCGAUAAAUGGGAGUAUGAAAGAAAUGAAAAAUAA